AUGGAGACGGAGGGAUCUCCUGCGCAGGGGAACUCCCAUAGGCAGGAUUUAUUCCCGAAUUCUAAUAACGACAGACGCGUCCCUCAGGGGCUGGGGAGCCAUAUGCGAGAACAGAACAGUGAGAGGGGUCUGGACCCCAUGUCAGAGCAGACUCCACAUAAACUAUCUAGAGCUGCUGACUGUUUUCCUGGCCUUAAAAUGCUUCCUCCCCACGGUGGAAGGGCAUCACGUUCUGAUCAAGACGGACAAUACUACAGUAGUGUCAUACAUAAACAGACAGGGAGGGACACGUUCACUCCCGUUACUAACAUUAUCGAGGUCGCUCCUCCUGUGGAGCGAGCAACAUCUCUGUUCAAUCCGAGCGACGCACGUCCCGGGCGCUUUGAAUCUGGGUGCGGAUCUUCUCUCCAGGGGCGGGCCCCUUGUGAGAGAGUGGCGCCUCAACCCCCAUGUGGUGUCUCAGAUUUGGGACCGGUGGGGCAGGGCCCACGCCGAUCUAUUCGCAUCCAGAGAAAAUGCGCACUGCCCUCUGUACUUCUCGAUGCUGGAUCCCAGCGCUCCACUCGGGGUGGACGCGCUGGCGCACAGCUGGCCAAGGCGCUUGCUCUAUGCGUUCCCUCCGGUGGAACUGAUCACGCCUACACUGGAACGAGUGCGUCGGGACAAUCACUAUUUAAUUCUGGUGGCCCCGUGCUGGCCAGCGAAGCCAUGGCACGCGGAAAUAGUCAGCCUACUGGCGGACGAGCCGUGGCCUCUUCCCCUGCGGCCAGAUCUCUUGUCACAGGCGGGGGGGCAAAUCCUGCACCCUCGACCGGAGCUAUGGCGCCUGCAGGCUUACCUGCUGAACGGUCAGGUUUAGUAGCUAGGGGCCUACCUCCCAACGUUAUUGCCACUAUACAGAAUGCUAGAGCUUCAUCUACGCGAAAUCUAUAUUCGUAUAAAUGGCGUGCGUUCGAGAACUGGUGCCACAGCAGACGUAUUGUGCCUUUUCAGUGUUCUGUAGUUGAUGUUUUGACAUUCCUGCAGGAGCUCUUCGAGCAGGGCCUGUCUUUCUCUACCAUUAAGGUCUAUUUGGCUGCUAUAUCAGCAUGUCAUGUAGGCUUUGAGGGCGUGUCACCUGGAGCGCAUCCUCUAACUAUUCGUUUCAUGAGGGGUGUGCAUCGUCUAAGACCAUUUAAUAGGUCGUCGGUGCCCUCGUGGGACCUCCCUGCUGUUCUGGAGGCGCUGUGUGGCCCUCCUUUUGAGCCUCUGGAGUCAGUGGACAUUAAAGUCGUGUCCUACAAGACCGCACUUCUGCUCGCAUUGGCGUCAGCAAAGCGCGUAUCUGACAUUCAUGCUCUUUCAGUACAUCCAUCUUGCACUCAGUUUGCACCUGAUGGGGCAAAAGUUGUUUUGCUGCCUAACGCUGCUUAUCUACCCAAGGUCAUGCCUAGGUCUUAUCAGUCUAUGGCGAUUGAAUUAUUUGCCUUUUCACCCCCUCCGUUUACCUCUGAGGAGCAAAGGCGUCUGCACUGCCUCUGCCCUCUGCGGGCACUGCGCACAUACAUGUCACGAACUAGCGAGUUUCGGUUGUGUGACCAGCUCUUUGUUUGCUUUGCUAGGCCAGCUCGCGGUAAAGCAUUGUCUAAACAACGUCUCUCCCAUUGGAUUGUCGAGGCUAUUACUUUGGCCUACAGCACAAGGGGCAUGUCAUUGCCUGUGGGUUUGCACGCUCAUUCAACUAGGGGGAUGGCAGCAUCCUGGGCUUUAUUCAAAGGUGUAUCUCUGGAUCAGGUCUGCUCAGCAGCAUCCUGGUCCUCCCCUCACACUUUUGUACGCUUCUACCGUUUGGACGUGGCGGCCCCUUCGGUGGCCUCCUCGGUCCUUUCCUCUGGGACAGGAUGUUGACAUGUGUCAGCCCUUGCUGUGCGGGGCGUGUAUAUAGGUCCCAUACUAUCUGUGUUGUACCGAGUGAAUCGACCGAAAGGGAACGUCAGGUUAUGAAUAUAACCACUGUUCCCUGAGGGAGAGGAACGAGGUACAACACCAGCUUGCCCCGCUCAGCUCAUGCUCGGUGAAGUUCGCUGGGUUGAACUGGGGAAGCAUCGCUGGUGACUGCGCUUAAGUACUACGUAGGCGGUGCUUGCUACGUCACCACGCGACUUGCCUUUCAGGCGUGAAUAAAGGUGUCUUCAAGCCAGAC